AUGGACAACCAAGGCGUGACUUAUGUGGAAUUCCAUCAUGCUAAGGGCUCAAAAAGACAGCAAGUGCAACCUAAGGGCACAAAAAGUUCCAUUUCAGUAACUGAGGAGGAGAUAGCCUAUGCAGAAUUACAUCUUCAAAAUGCUUCUCGGGACUGUCAAGGGAAUGGCAAGAACUCUCCCUGCAAAGACUCACCUUCAUGUCCAGAGACGCUCAUUGCCGGUAUCUUGGGAAUCCUCUGCCUCGUCUUGAUGUCCACUGUGGUAACAAUAGCUGUUAUUCCCUCAUGUCUCUGUUGUCAUUGUCUGAAAGAGUGGUUUACGUAUUCCAACAAUUGCUAUUACAUUAGCACUGAGGGAAAAUCAUGGAAGGAGAGUUUGACGUCCUGUGCUUCUAAGAAUUCUAACCUGCUCUACUAUGAUGAUGAAGAGGACAAGUUUUUGUUGAAUUUACUCCGUGCUAGUACAUGGAUUAGAGGCUCCCAGAGAAGCCAUCAUAGUUCAUCUGUGCAGCCAAAAGCCUUAACAUUUUCUUCCAAAGUGUUGUCAGUAUCUUCAGAGAUUGACAAGAAUUGUCAAUAUAUCGAUUUUCAUACAAAAAAAAUUUAUUUUGCACCGUGCUCAUUAAGAAGACGAUAUGUUUGUAAGCACCAGGCAUUUUAGUUACCUCAUUUUUGUAGAAUGCUGUUUCACCAUUGAUAAGGAAUCCAUCACUCAUUACUUCAACAGCCAUACAAUUGUUUUCGUUGCACAUUAGAAGAUAAUGUUUUUUAGUGUAAUGUUAGACUCACAACAAAACUAACAGGAAGUUCCAGAGAACCCUCUAUUGCCCCUGUCUGCACACAUGCAUGGGUCUUCCAUUAUCACCAUCAUUCACUAGAACGUUUCAUUUUUAAUCAAGGAUGAAUCCGUAUCAAUGCAUAUAUAUCACCCAAAGUCCAACGUGUACCUGAGGCUUCAUUCUUUGUGGUAUAGAACUGUUUCUCAAAUUUAAUUAUAUUAAUGUAAAAAAUAUAUACUGAGGUAUAUAUUAUUUGUUUCUUACGCUUUUGCUAUUUAGUAACAUUAAUUAUAUAUAUAUGUAUAUAUAUAUAUAUUACAAAUCAUAAUAUUAUUGUAAAAAUUCUCAACAAAGUGAAUAAUUCCAUUUGUAUUUCCAACUAAUUAAUUUGUCCUAACCCUUAAAGGACCUCAAAUGAGGAUUGAACCACCCAGGGUGACGAGGUUAUCAGUCAGAAAUGAGUCAGGAGACAGAAACAAGGGGACACUUGAAGUGAACAUUUAUCUACUUAUAAGAGAAAGCUUACUAAAAGGAAAGGAUACUCGUUAAAGAAAAUUACAAAGAAUAUCCUAGAAUUAAAGGACAGAUCACUGAAGCCAGAUCUACUCUCUGAAGAUGGGAUUCAGAUGUCAUUGAAGAUGAUGUGGCUACACACAGCUUCACGGCUGACAGGCUCACUGGAUUGGCCUGGGACUGAUCAGCUCCACACUCCGCGGGCUGAACUUGGUGAGGAAGGAUCUCAGGCUGUGACUGGCAAACAGGAAGAGCUCCCUGUCAGAGGGCUAGGAGGAAAGACCAGAAGACAGGAAACUGACACAUGGCCUACAAGAACUUGCUGUGGGACGAAUACCCGUGACUUCCUGCAAGACUGCAACUGGCAACCAAGCCAUGGUGGCCAAAGUGGAGAAAACACCAUGAAGCCAGGAAGAAGAGCCCUUUCUGCUGCACUGGCUCUCCAUUGUCUUUUACUGACAAAAGUCAACUUCAUGUGAGAUGACAAGAGAGAAAAUGGAUAGGAUCUUCCACUGUUAUCUGAGAACAGGGCACUGAGGGUGGAUUUGGAGCUGAGAGUACUAAAUGAACGGCCCCUCGGGGUUAUCAUAGAACAACCACAGGGUUGCUGUAUAAGAACCAUUCAGAUCGGCCCACUUCCUCCGAUGAUGGAACCAAAGCGUACUCUCCAAAUCUCUCUUGGUACCACACUAUCAAAGGUUAAACUCAUUUUGAGGUAGAGAUUGCUUUCUAGUUGGAUAAUAACCGGUGUCUUAUUUGUUGUUUUCCUUACAUGGGUUCAAAUAUUUUGAAAAAGAUUUAUUUUUUUAAUGUUUUCAUGCACACACCUCUGUCAGUCUUUACAACCGUACUAAAAAAUACUUUGAGGCAAAAAACUAAAAUGUUGAAUAAUAGAGAAAACAAAAAAUUAAAAUGUACAGAAAUCGGUGUUGGUCAAAUGUUUAGUUGUUGCCAGAAUUCAAGACAAACUUGAGUAAUUUGACGAUGAUUCAGAGAUAUUUCUACCUUUAUUCAAUUAUAAGAGGGAAAGAGAUUAACCUUGAUUAUUAUUUGCAAACCAAACUCAUAUUUCACAUAUAUUUAUAUCUGUGAAGUGAGACAUAUUCUUUAUAUUCUCUGUACAUAAUCCUUAUACUCUUCUAGAAAAUUUAUAUGAAAAGUCAAAAUGAAUUGAAUAUAGUUGUUAAUGGGAACUGUAACUAAUUACUAAAGUUGUGUUUCAGAGUACCCAAGUUUGCAAUGACAUUGAAAAUUACACAUUAAUUUUUCAUUUACCUGUUUGUGGUUUGGCUCUGUUCUAACUGAUCAAGGCUGGACUUGACUCCAGACUACUUGUUAUAGCUGAUCAAGGCUGGACCUUACUCUGGACUGCAUACACGUUCAGCUCAGAUCCGUGUAUAGAUUUCAUUUUGAGAAGACCGGGCUGCCUGGUGUAUGAUUUUAUAGCAGAGAUAACAGCUAGCAGAAAUGUGUCUCUUAGUGCCUGGUCUCUGAAGUCAUGAGCUAUCACAUUCCCACUCACAUUACAUUGUGAAAACAAGUGAUCACAUCCUUACAUUAUAUUGUGAAAACAAGUCACAUGGGCCAACUUCUCAUGGUUGUCUGUAGAGUAUACUCUUUUCAAAGUUGUCAGAGGGAAGAAAUGUAGAUUCACUGAAAAUAAUCUAAUCUACCAUUAUAGCCAUAGGAAUGUUUCUUUUAUUAUAUUGCUUGAUUUAGAUAAGUUUGUAAAA